AUGGCCGGAUCGGGUAAAAGAGCCAUGCCUAAUAAUUCAAACCAAGCCAAGCGCAGAAAGGGACAAUGGAUUACGCGCAGUCGGACUGAGAUCGAUGCCGGCGAUGUAGGGAUCUUUGUGACUUGUGACAUGGGCAGAGAAAAGAAAUGUGUCGCCGAGAUCACCGAUAUUCUCACUCAGGCCGUAGAAAAGGAUGCCGCCCCAGUAGAUGAUGAGGAAUCAGACUCCGACGAUGAAGACAUCGAAGCUCAAAUCCGAAGAGAGCUGGAGGGCCUGCAGCCAAGUCAGAAAAAGACACGUCCAGUUCAAGCCAUGCAGCUAGAUAUUCCCUGUGUUGUCUUCGCUCGAUUCAACGACAAAUCAGUUGAUCCUGUGAAAAUUGUUCAUGAUCUGUGUCUCGAUGCACACGCGAACCCGGACAUCAAGAAGAGCCGAUACAUCAAGCGCUUGACUCCGGUAACAAUGGUCAAAAAGACACUCAGUGUGGACCUAGAAGAAUUUGCAAAGGAAGUUCUGAAGCCAUACUUCCAUUCAGGAGGCCCACCAAAGACCUAUGCUAUCCGACCUACUUCCCGAGGCAACAACAAGCUCAAUCGGGAUAUCAUCAUCAAAACUGUCGCCGAUAUUGUUGGACCCGAACAUCCAGUUAACUUGAAACAAUAUGAUCACAUGAUCCUAGUCGAUGUAGUUCAAAAUGUGAUAGGAAUGAGCGUUGUGGGAGGCGAUUAUGACCAGUUAAAGCGGUUUAAUGUUGCUGAGAUCUACGACCCCUCACCAAAGGGAGAGGAUACGCCGGCAAAGGACAAAAAGGAAGUGACGGAUAAAGAGGCAACAGCCUAA